ACGAGCACAGAGACGGCUUAAUUAUGCACUUGGUCUUCCUUCUACCACUCCUGGCUCCUGUAAUGCACCCUGACGAGUCAUCCGUCCAGCCUCAGAUCUUGGAGGAUGCAGGACCAUGCAGUGUGAGAGAUGGAUAUUGCCUUGCCUAGGCAGGGCAAGGGCAGAGUCGAUCCUGGCGCUUGGUUAUCGUCGAUGGACGGCAUCUUUAUCUACUGUCGAGCGUGUAGCAGCUGCUGCUGAUGUAGCAGGGUUAACAGGGAGGCUAGUUGUCCGCCAGUCUGGGCACUGCGCUCAGCAACUGCAUUUUUGCUCUCUGGUUGAUGUGUACAAGGCGGACAAUAAGUGUGACGGUUGGCGCAGAUCCUGUUCCAGGUUCGGUCCCACAACCUCCGAUUCUCAGGCAGUCGACGUGACGUCAACCAUGACUGAUUUUGCUGAUGAAUGCAAGAAUUCCAAUGUGGAGUUGUCGGCAAAUGGAGAGAGUGCAACGUUCCAUGCAUCGACGAAGCCGAAAAAUCUCGUCAUGAGACGGACAAACGAAAAACUUGUGCCUGCCACAGCAGAAAAUGUAUGUGUUGCUGCGAGUGCUCUGCAGCAGGGAGAUGUAAUCGCCGUCCCAACUGACACGUUGUAUGGCUUAGCAGCUGACGCACAGUCUGCAUCUGCCAUCUUCAAGCUGUAUGAGAUCAAGGGUCGGGAUCUGAAGAAUCCUCUCGCCAUCUGUGUCGGCAAUGUCGCGGAUAUUCCCUUCUACGGCGACACUCGCCAUUUGCCGGAGGGUCUUCUCCUGAAACUUCUUCCCGGGCCCGUAACUCUUGUACUCCCCAGGCAUGCUCUUAGCCGGCUUCAUCCUUCUCUUAACCCCGGUGUGGCCGGGAUCGGGGUGAGGGUACCGGAUACGGCUUUUAUCCGGGACGUGGCGAGAAGUUUUGGAGGGGCCUUGGCAUUGACAAGCGCGAACGUGAGUGGUGGGCUCAGUCCCGUAAGCGUGAUGGAGUUUGAAUCUCUCUGGCAUCAUUGUGCUCAUGUUUUCGAUGCAGGUACCAUUUGUGGAAAUAGCAGCGGUAGUGAGAGGGAGGGGUCCACAGUCGUCGAGCUUGUGGAACCGGGCAGGUACAGUAUCCUUCGUGCCGGGAGCGCCCGGGAUGAGACAGCUGCCAUCCUGAAAGAGUUUGGCUUGCAGGACGCCAAGCAGAAGUAACUCUUCUGGCAGGAUGGGUGGACAGACAGGAGACAGAAAGGAGAAAGGAGAAAGGAGAAAGGAGGAGAGCGAUGAUUUUAUUGUUCAGGGUCUAGGGGCUUAGGGCUUAGGGUUUAGGGUUUAGGGCCCAGGGUUUAGGGUUUAGUUUAUGAGGGUAUUCACAGCAACUUCGAAAAGGGCUUGAAGUUUACGGUGCUUCCCUGUUUUCGCUCCUGUUCGUGGUUUGUCUUCGUGCUUGGAUUUUGUAUGUGUCUGUGCAGCAUUUGUUUGCGUGGUCAGGUGUGCACACAUGCUUGUGUGCCGGUUUGAGUUGGUUGCGUUGGGUUUGGUUUUUUGCGGCUGGGUUUGGAGUUCGGUUGGGUUUGGUUUGGGGGUUGGGGUCUGGGUUGGGUUGGGUUGGGUUGGGUUGGGUUGGGUUUAGGGUAUGGUUGAGUAGAUGUUAACGGGGUCUUUAGAUUAUUAUAAAACAGAUUAGCAGUGGUUAAAGGAUUAUUGAUCAGCAAUAGAAUUGUCAUCAAAACACUCAGUAAACCCAACCAAGUUUG